AUGGGUAAUGCCGAGAAGGGAGAAAACUCCUACAGUGUCGACGUCAUCCCGAGAUACUUGCCUGAACCAUCAGAAUCCGCAGCUGCAAGCGCUCUCAGCGGUUACGAUGCUACCCUGCCUUCUCAGUUCUUCCUCUGGCCAAGUCCCGUGUCCUCGGCGCUUCUCGAGAGGGAGGGCGGCGGUGGUCGGCUCAAGGUUGCCGCAGGGUUCGCACAGGGCCCCCUGACUCGCAGACGGCGCCGCUCGGACAGGAAUAGUUCCAACCCAAGUCUGACUGAGCCAACGGUAUUGGCCCAAGUUUAG